AUGUGCGCAAAUGGAGUUGUGGAAAUUUCACCUCCCCCUCCUCCUUUUCAAUUGUGCUUUGACAACAUCUGCAAAAAAAUUAGUACCAAUGAAUCACAGCUGCGAUAUGUGCUACCACCAUCGCCGGUACAUGACCUAACAAAAGUCAAACUCAUUUCCGAACAUGUGAUUGGAACACGCCUCUGCAGAACUGCACCGUUCUGCGAGCAUGUAUCCAAUUUCCUCUCGAAGAGUUUACUAGCCAACCCUCAUUGCUGGCCAAGUGGUGCACUGUUCUCAGUCGCUGUCAUAGCUUUUUCGGUCAUCACGGGGCUAAGCCUCCUACUCUGGCUAUUCUUUCGAAAGAAGCCAACUCAAGGGACCUCUACGACUGACACCACACAAAUAGAGCUUCAGGUCAAUACUACACAACAAGAACAUGCUCCUUUCACACUAUCAUCAUUUACACCCGCCCUACUUCAACCAUCUCACGCUAUGGACUCCUUACCAUUGCGGUGGUCGCCGCUACGGUAUCCCCUUGUCAAGACGGUAGAUCUCACUUGUACGCAGCUCAACGCGUGUCACUAUGAAUACAGGCGCGAAAUAUUGUUUAACAAAGUCACAACGAGCCUCUGCGUGCAGCUACGGCAUGCCAAUAUUAGCGUGGGAUACAUAAAAGUGCAACGCAGACCACUUCGCUUGGAAUGUUUGAAAAACACACUGUUCUGGACCAGAGACACUAAGUAUUACGUUCGCCACAUGACAAGAUGUCGCGGUAUGGGCUCAUGUACUGACACUAGGUGUGAAACAUUAGCUCCGAACGACAGCAUACCAGAACUUCGCCAAUUCGGAGUGGACCCGGGAUAUACGGCAUGUUCUAUACAAUGUAGCGGUGUCAAUUGCGUCUGCGUCCUACCCUUUCGAGCAUGCACAUUUUACCGUGUAGCACACACUCCCAUUUCCUCACAGCCGUAUGAAAUUUUCACAUGCCAGGCCUGGAAACCGACCGUACAUCUUGAUGUCUCGGUUCGAUUGUACAAUACUCAGUACGAUGAAAACCUAGCCUUGCAGCCGUACCUGACGAGAGAAUUUGCGCACUUCGCAUUCACAGUAAUUUCCAUCCAAAAACCGCACAUAUCGUUCCACCAAAAAUUUGCUAGAUCCGACAGCGAAACAAUAGAGCUGUCAGAAGAUUUUUCCUUCCCAGUGACCUGUCAUUCCGAGUCACAAGCUCGGACAAAUUUCUCCACCUGCACGAACAUGCACUUCUGCGACUGUGAUGUGAGCGGGUUUGAGCCUAGCUGCCGUUGUCCCCAUGACAGCUUGAACUCCUUGCGCAACAGCAGCAACUUCUUGCUGCCCCUAUCGACACCACACAUAGCACUUUCCUCUCGAAACAGUACAGUAAUCGCAGAAUCAGACGAAAGCGAGAUAAUCCUUGCAAUAACAUCACACAUGCGCCUAGAUGAUGCACAUCUACGUAUCAAAACACCGUGCGCGGUACAAGCUGGCUCGCUGGAAGGAUGUUACAAUUGUAAACAAGGGAGUAAAGUUAACAUUUCAUGCCACACCUACCAACCAUCCUGGACAACCAUUGUUUGUGAGCAUAACAUCUUUUCCAUAGAAUGCAGCCCGGACAACAAAACAACCACAGUGAAGAUGACAUGGGAUAGGGCAAUUGUAGCGUCGAAAUGCUACACAAUAUGCGAUAACAGAAACAUCUCAGUAGAGAUACAUGGAGUCCUUUACUACCAUAGUCAUCAAGACAGAUUCAAAGAUGUUUUCCUUCACAACUCGAUCAGACACAUCCCGCAGACAGAUUGGUUCAAAGAUGCACACAUCCCUGACUUCUCUCCACUAUGGAAGGUGGCUGUUGAACAUUGGAAAGUUUCAAUCGCAGCGAUCAGUGUUGUAGCCAUUGGGAUCCUCUUGUCCUACCUACUCGGUCCCGUUGUCAUUCUAAGCUCCCUGAGAGCUCUUAUCCAAAUCAUCGCAUUGGCGAUACCACUCAUCACUGCAACAAUUCAUCUACUCAUAAAAUCAGUUACAGCGUGCGCGCAUGGCUUACACAAUCUACGAUCCCGUCUCCAACAGUAG